AUGGGUUCUGAUCCUCAAUACGCAAAGUAUCCUCUACUGCCAGUCGCCCAACACAUCUUCACCAUCACAAACCCCUCCGCCUCCAAAGCAACCCAACAAACAUCUUUGAAAAGUCUCCAAGAUGCAAUUACCGAACAUAAGAUGGCUCCUCUCUACAGAUACUUGGCACACCCACAAGAUGGUAUUCUGAACGAUGCUGGAGUUACAACUUCGAGUGCGACGAGCAAUGCUAUUGGUAGAAAACCAAGUGCAGCUGGAUUAGUGGCGAGCAAAAACUCAAUACCAAAGAUCGAUUUACCAUGGGAUGAGGCUUUGUAUCAGAAAUUAACAAAAGAGAACGAUGAGGAGUUGGAGGGGUUCAAGAAGGAAGAGGAAGAGGCGGCAGAAAAGGCGGGGGAGACUGAAGUACAAGCUGCUAGAGGGAAGCGGGCAGAAUUCUGGGCUCGAGUCGGAGAUAAGGACCGAGCGAUUGCUGCAUACGAAGAAGUAUUUGAGAAGACUGGUGUUUUGGGAACCAAGAUUGAUCUUGUCCUUGCAAUUAUUCGCAUGGGCCUGUUUUAUGGCGACAAGUUAUUAGUCAAGAAGCACGUCGACCGCGCAAAGGCAUUAGUAGAGAGUGGUGGAGAUUGGGAUCGUCGAAACAGAUUAAAGGCAUAUACUGGACUCUACCUCUUGACUGUCAGAUCGUACAACACUGCAGCACCACUUCUCCUAGACAGUCUCUCCACUUUCACCAGUUAUGAACUCUGCUCAUACUCAUCCCUCGUCGUAUAUUCCGUUCUCGCCGGUUCUGUCUCACUCAAGCGUGUUGACUUCAAGUCUAAAGUCGUCGAUGCUCCAGAAAUCAAGGCCAUCCUCGGAGAUGGUGAGGAUAAACUUCUAGCAUUAUCGGGAGCCAUUUCAGCCGGUCCUGGUGCUGAUGAAGAGAUGCAAGAUGUCACAGUAGCAGCUCCAUCUGCUGCUAAAACCGCUGUAAAUCUCACUACUCUCGGCACAGGCACAGACGUUCAAGAAGCAGAGGCGGCACUCGAUUUCUCCCCUCUAGCUCAACUUGUUUCAAGUCUAUACACCGGUAGUUACCGUUCAUUUUUCGGUGCUCUCGCCGCAGUUGAGGUAAAUUUUCUUACUCAAGAUCGUUACCUCUACGAGCACCGUGGUUGGUUCGUUAGGGAGAUGCGUUUAAGAGCUUACCAACAACUCCUUCAAAGUUACCGAGUUGUAGGUCUUGAGAGUAUGGCAAAUGAUUUCGGUGUUUCAGUAGAUUUCCUUGAUCGCGACCUAGCAAAAUUCAUCGCCGCAGACCGUAUUCCCUGCACCAUUGAUCGCGUCACCGGCAAAGGUAUCAUCGAAACCAACAGACCCGAUGAUAAAAACAAACAAUACAACGAUGUCGUUAAACAAGGUGAUCAAUUGAUCACCAAGUUACAGAAAUAUGGACAAGCAGUUAGAUUGAGGGGGAGUGAAAGAGCUUAA